AUGCCGCACGGAGGCCGCGAGCAGUCGCCGCGCUCCUCCAAGCUCGGCCCGGCGGGGAGGGGGAGGAUAUUCAAAAACUCCCGCCUGCGCCCCACCGAGUCGCGUAACCUGACGGUGGCAGUACAACAGUUUGCCACCUUUGCUGCCACCACGCCGACCCCAUCGGCCACCGGUGGUGCGGGGGAGGAAUUCUUCCCCCCGCCCCCCUCCAUACCCGACACCCCGGCGUCGCCCUCGCCUCCGCUGCGCACGGCCCCACCUGCGUGGCCGACCGCGACGCCGGAACCGAUGGACGUGGUGCCGACCACCGUCAUUCGUGACGCCGGUGUGACACACCCGCCGUCCGCAAUACCGCGGCCGACUCCACGGCCGCAUACUGACACCGAUGCGGCGCAACCUGCCGCCACCGCAGCCGCCGCUCCACGCGCCCCCGCUCCUCGCGCCCCCGCUCCUCGCGCCCCCGCCCCCGUACCAGCUGCGGGACAGAAGCAGAGGAAGCCGCAGCCCACCACGGCCCCGCCGCGCCCCCAACGGCCUCUCAAGAAGCCGACUGCGGUGGCGCCGGCUGCGCCCAUGCGCACAGCGCCCCCUAGCGUCGCGCCCCCACGCGCCACGCCUGCAUACCGCGCGCCCCCGGACAAUAUAGCGCCGGGGCGCUUCCCCUCACCGCCACAGAUGCCGGCGUUCAUUCUGCCGCUGCACGGCGCUGCGCCCGCAGCCACGUACGCAGCCGCCGCCGCCGCUACCACCACCGGAACGCCCGCCCCAGCCGCGCCCCCGUCGCCGAAGCCGCGCUCACCCACGGCACCGUGCGCCCCCCCGCCCAAGAAGACGCGCUACCCGCCGCUCAUAGUGGAGAAGCUCCCCAACUGGGUCGAGCACUUCACGGCCCUGAAGCGGCGGCUCGGACACGCGCCCAACGCGCGCCCCUUUGGAAAGGGGGUGCGCUUCACGCCCCGCUCCGACGAGGAGUACCGGGCAAUCCAGGCAUACCUGGCGGACUUGGAGAAGAGCCAGGGAGUUGCCUGGUUCUCCUACUCCCUCCCCGCGGAGCGGAGUGUCAAGGUGGCCAUCAGAGGGCUACCGGUGGACACCCCGACUGAGGACAUCAUGGAGGCGCUGCGAGACGCCGGCUACGGCGCGGAAUACGUCCGCCCCAUCCGCGCGCGCCAGGGACGACCUGGGUGUUUAUAUUACGCCCAGGUAGCGCGCGCAGACAACACCAUCCCGGGCAUAUACGGGGUAACAGAGCUACUCUGUAUGCCCGGGAUUAAGAUCGAGGCGUGGCGCGGGAAAAAGGGCCCUGCGCAGUGCCACCGCUGCCAACAAUUCCGGCACUCCAGCCAUAAUUGUCACCGACCAAUGGCCUGUGUGCGGUGCGGCGAAGAGCACCCGGCCAGCGAGUGCCCCCGCCCUAAGGAGGAGCCGCCCACCUGCGCGAAUUGCGGCGGCGCACACACGGCGAACAACACGUCGUGUCCUGUGUUCCGCCGCGAGACGCGCAACCCGAGGGCGGGCACUGUGGCGCGCACAGCCGCCGCCCCCACCGCCAAACCAGCAGCCGCACAGCCAAGGGGCGAACACAACGCCCCUGGCUCUCUAAUGGCCGCGGCAAACGAGCCGGGAGGCGAGCGACGCAAGAGGCGCAGGCGCAAGAAGGCGCCCCCGCCAACCGCCGCCGCCCCCAGGCCCGCUGCUGCCCCCGCCGGCGCCCCCCGCGCCCCCGCUGCCGCCCCUGCCGCUGCUCCCACCGGCGCCACCCGCGCCCCCGCUGCCACCACUACCACUGCCACCUCCGCUACCACCGCUGCGCGCCCGGCGAGGCGCACGGCUGCGCCACGGCCGGCAACACAGCCGACCCCUGCGCAGUCCGCCCGCACACUCACCAUCAACGACGUCGUCCGGAUCCUGCAGGAGAUCACGCAAUCAAGUCUCUGA